AUGGCGGUACUACACUUCCCCGCGUGGCUGCACAGGCGGCAGUCGAACAACAAUGGCAAUGGCGGACUUGGUUACGCAGGCGGAUCGUACAACGGGUAUCCCUCGGGCCAUGUUCCCUUCUGGUACACACCGGCCGGUCUAGCAGUGCGCUACGGCAUCAUCGCCGCCCUCUUCUUCAUCGUCCUCCUCUUCUUCGUCGGCGGCUACUUCCACGCCCAGCGGCGCAUCAAAAAGGGCAAACAACCCCUCGCAUACCACCGAUGGAUGCUGCGCGCUCCGGCAUACAAUGCGCGCCCCUAUCCGCCGCCCGGAAGUCGCCCCGUCUAUGCAUACUACUCUGAGCCGCACAACAAUAACUACCAGAUGGAGGGCUAUCCUCCUCCGCCGCCCGCGUACCACCAUGCCGAGGCUUCACCUCCCGUGUACGCGCCGCCGCCCGGGGCGAGUAAGGCAAUGGCGGAUCAAACUUUCCGCGAGACCACUCGGGUGGGAGAGAGUAGUGGUGGGGGGAUGAGAUGA